CCAACCUGUGCGUCUGUCCUCUGCUCUUCACGUCUCAACCCAUUGCCUCAGUGCCCCAUGCACUUGCAUACCUCCUCCCCCCCCACUUUCCUUCCACCUCUCCCACUUCCCGCCCCUCUCCAACCCCCCUCCUUAAUCCAACACGCUUCACAUUCCCCCCUCCACCAACCUUCCCCGCUCCUCCCGUCCCCCUUCCCCAACCACCCAAGCCAGGCAAGGCGCUGCUGCGCAGGAUGGGGUGGAGAGAGGGCAGGGGGCUGGGGCCGGACGAGGUGGCAGCUUCCAGGAAGGUGCAGCGCGAGGGCAGGCGGGCAAUGCUGGCGCUGGCAGCGGGAGGAAGAGGGCGCGGGGAGGGGGGAGGAGACGAUGAUGGGGAGGCAGAGGGGGACGAGGACGAUGAGGAAGGGGACGCAUGGGGGGGUCGAGAGGAGAUUGUGGGGAAGGGCAGGGGGGCAAGGGGUGGCAAGGACGGGGGGGCGUUGGCGGCAGCAGCGGCAGCAGAGGCGGCGGUGGCGGCGCAGCUGAGGGCGCCCAAGCGGGACACCCGGGGUGUGGGCUUCGAUGCUUUCCAGGGCGCUGAGGAUGUGCGAGGUCAGGCGUGCAGAGGGGUGGUGAGGCGUGCAGAGGGGUGUGGGCGGGUGGCGGGGGGGUUUGGCAUCGGGGCUCUGGAGGAGGCUGGGGCUGAGGAUGAGGAUAUCUACGACUUCGAGAUACCGGCGGGCGAGCUGCACCAAGUGGCGAGCGACGAGGACGACGAGGGGGAGGGGCGAGGCGUGCAUGCUGGCGGGGGCUUCAUGGCCGCAGGCAGGCGCGGGCAGCAGGGGGGGCAGCAGGGGGCGCAGGGAGGGGCGCAGCAGGGCAUGGCGUGGAUGGGAGGGGUGGGCCGUGGGAGCAGCUCGGCUGUGCUGCGGGGCUUCUGUGAGGGGCGCGUGGCGCUGGAGGAAUGCAAAUGGUACUGCUGCCUGCCCCCCCCUUGCCUCACCCACACUCACUGCAGCCCAAUGUCGCCCUCCACACUCGCCCCGCCGCCAGCCCCUCCCCCCACAGACGCGGCGGUGCAGGCGGCGGUGGAGGGCGUGGCGGCCAUGGUGGCGCGCUGUGGGGCGCACGUGGAGGCGCUGCUGCUGUCUCGGGCAGGGGGAGGGGUGGGGGAAGGGGCGCAGGAAGGCAUGGUGCAGGGCGCAAGCGCGAGGGAGGGAGGGGGAGGAGAGGGCAGUGCGCGGCUGGCGUUCCUGGUGGGCGGGGAGGGCAGUGCGUACUACCGGCGGCGCGUGUGGGAGCUGGCGGAGAGGCAGAGGGCCGCCCAGGGCAGGGCAGCAGCGGGCAAGGCGGUGGGGAGCAGUGGGGGGGAGCGCCUGGGGCCUGAUGCGCGGGGCGCGCUGCUGGGCGAGCAGCCCCUGCCUUCCUCCCAGCCUGCCCCUGCUCCACGUCUAUCAGCGCACCCCACACCCACCUCAACUGCUUUUCCUGCUGCUGCAGCUUCUGCCUUUACUUCUGCCACAUCUCCUGCUGCUCCCCCUGCUCCCACCGUGCUGGCCUUCCAGCAGCACGGGGCGGCGGCUGAGCUGGCAGCGAUGAUGGCGGCGCGCUUCCACAGCAGCGGGCAUGAGGAUCGGGCGGGCAAGGGCGGCAUGAGCAGUGAGAAGGCGGCGCUGCCUGCUGCACCCGGGGCAGGCACUGCGCUGGCAGGGGCGGCAGCAGUGGUGGUGGCUCGGCGGAGGGAGGAGGCGUGGAGGCCGCUGCCUCUGCUGUGCAAGCGCUUCAACCUGCCCGACCCGUACGCGGGCAAGCACGCCUCUGCUUGCCUGCCACCAGAUUUCCCCGCUGCUCCCUGCCCCUUCCCACACGUCCACUCCCCUUCUUCCUCCCCCCGUGUAUUCUGCCCGGCUGGUCCCACUGCCAUGCCUGCCGCCCAAGUGGUUCACUCUGCUUGCACGCUGCACCUCUGCGCCGCACACCCGUGCGAUUCUCUGCAGUCAACCCGGUCACAGCACAUCGAUCCACUUGUUCACCUUUUCACACGGCUUUCUUCUCUCUCCUCUCUCUUCUCCUUUUCCGUGGCAAUCUUUUCGGAUGAUGAAGACAGCGACGACGAUGCUCGUGCCACAUCCGCAGCGCCAGGUGGCAUUGAUGACGUGGCAGCGGCAGAAGCUGCCACGCGGGCUCUUGCCCGGCUGGAGGCAGGUGACUUCCUGGAGGGGCUGGGCGAGGAGCUGGGCUUGCAGGUGGACCCGGGGGAGGUGCGACGCGGGGCAGGGGGCGAGGGCAGGCGAGAGGAGAGGGAGGGCAGCAAGGGUGCGAAGCGGGAGAGUAAGGCGGGAAAGGGGAGGGCAGGAAAGGAGCAGGAGGGUGGUGUGUGGGGCCAAGGGGGUUAUGGCGCUGGCAUGGCAGGCAGUGCGGAGGGUGCAGUUGAAGCAGGGCGGGCGGAACGGGCCAGAGAAGGAGUUGAGAACGUGGUAGGUGGAAGCGGGGCGAGUGAGGCAGCUGUGGGGGAGGAGCGGCAGAGUGAUCAGGGAGACAGUGGAGGUGGUAUGGCUGAUGCACAUGGACGCACGAGAGGUGGUGCCAUGGGGGAAGGAAGGUGCGCACUUGCUGCUGCCGCUGCUGUCGCUGCUGUCAAGAAGAAGAAGCGUGUGCUGACGUCAUCGUCGUCGUCAUCAGCAUCGUCGGGGUCUGACUCGGAUAGCGCAGGCUCUUUGUCUGGUAGAGGGGAGGGGAGGAGGAGGAGGAAGGAGGGGGUGAAGAAAAGGAGCAAUAAACGGUCACGAGAGACUGAUGGGGGGAAGAAGCGACGGAAGAGGACGAAGAGACGAGACAGCGGGAGUACAGGAAGUGAAGAAUCAGAUCAUGCAGCGAGGAGGAAGAAGCACAAGAAGAAGGCAUCACGGAGAAAGCACCACAGGGGAAGGCAUGAGAGCAGCAGUGAGAGCGAUGGGAGCAGCAGUGAGGGUGACAACUGUGGGAGUGACAGCAGCAGCGAGAGGAGACACACCAAGAGCAGACGGCGGCAUGGUGAUAAGGGGGGGCGCAAGAGGCGGAACAAGUGA